GCCCCGGCAACGAGCGGUGAAACGGCGGACGUAGGUGCAUAGCUCCCCGAAGCCCAGCGAGCCAAGCAGGUCUUGCUGGAAGUCUGCGGGAUCACGGGUUGCAGCAGUCUUCGGAAACUCCGGGGCGCAGAGAAAUAUGGCACUCCCCACACUGCCCUCCUCCUGGUGCAGCUGGAGGCUCCUGGAUCAGCAGGCAGCGCGACAGCGACACCGAGAGCAGGAGGCCCGGCUGCGGCAGCAGUGGGAUCAGAAUAGCCGCUACUUCAAGGUGUCGGACAUCUGCAGCUCCAAACAAGCAGAAUGGAGCUCCAAGACCUCCUACCAGCGGAGCAUGCACGCCUACCAGAGGGAGAAGAUGAAGGAGGAGGGGAGGAGGCGUCUAGAGGCCCGACGGCAGAGACUUAGGCAGCUUCUGCUGGAGGAGCAGGACCUGCUGGCCCGAGAACUGGAGGAGCUGAGGCUGAGCAUGAACUUGAGGGAAAGAAGAAUCCGGGAGCGGCAUGAGAAUCUGAAGUCGGCCCGAGAAGAGCAAAGGAAACUGAUUGCUGAACAACUUUUGUAUGAACACUGGAAAAAGAACGACCCCAAACUUCGAGAGAUUGAACUAGACCUUCACAGGAAGCAUGUGAUAAACUCCUGGGAAACACAGAAAGAAGAAAAAAGACAGCAAGACACUGCCAAAGAGGAAGAGGAAAAGCAGUAUGAAAAUGAGUACGAGACGGCCCGGAGGGAAGCGCUGGAACGGAUGAGAGCCGAGGAGGAGAGGAGGCAGCUGGAGGAGAAGCUGCAGGCGGAGGCGCUGCGCCAGCAGAUGGAGGAGCUGAAGGUGAAGGAGAUGGAGGCUACGAAACUGAAGAAGGAGCAGGAGAAUCUGCUGAAGCAGCGCUGGGAGCUGGAGAGGCUGGAGGAAGAGAGGAAGCAGAUGGCGGCCCUGCGGCAGAAGGCAGAGCUGGGACGCUUUUUGAGACAUCAGUAUAACGUGCAACUCAACAGACGUACACAGCAGAUCCAAGAGGAAUUGGAGGCGGACAGGCGCAUCCUGCAGGCGCUGCUGGAGGAGGAGGACGAGAACCAGCGCGCACACCUUGCCCGGCGGGAGCAGGCCCUGGCCGACGUGGCGUGGAUGAAGCAGGUCAUCGAGGAGCAGCUGCAGCUGGAGAGGGCGCGGGAGGCAGAGCUGCAGACGCUGCUGAGGGAGGAGGCCAAGGAAAUGUGGGAGAAGAGAGAGGCAGAGUGGGCCCGUGAGAGGAGCGCUCGAGACCGGCUGAUGAGCGAGGUUCUGACAGGGAGACAACAACAAAUACAGGAGAAGAUUGAACAAAACCGACAGGCCCAAGAGGAAUCCCUCAGACACAGGGAGCAACUCAUUCGAAAUCUUGAGGAGGCAAGAGAGUCAGCUCGUCGUGAGAAGGAGGAGAGCGAAGAACUGAAGUCGGCCAGGAAGCGGGAGCUGGGAGCCCAGGUUGCAGAGCGCCAGCUGCAGGCGUGGGAAGCGGAACAGCAGGAGGAGGAGGAGGAAGAGGAGGCGAGGCAGGCAGAGCAGCUCACGGAUACCCUGCUGCAGCAGGAGGCGAAGAUGAUGGCCCAGCAGGGCUACCGGCCCAAGCCUUACGGACAUCCCAGAAUUGCUUGGAACUGACGCCGUUGGUACCGUAAGCACAGAGAGCCAGGAUGGUGAGGUCUCGGAUAUGCAGCUGCCAGACAGUUUUAUAAGUUCUGUUCUCGGGUUCGGGUCACUGUAACAUAGCUCACCGAGCCUGUUCAGGUUCACAGUUAAACAGAGCGAGGGUCUGGCCAGACUUCAAGGUGUGCUGGAUAUGCCGCACCAGCAAGAGGCCCUUUCGUGCCCUUCUUAUCCCAGAAAGGGGCUUUAUACUCACAUGCUGGCAGUGCUGUCACAGUCUUGUAAUAUAUUUAUAAGUAACAGAAGAUUCUAAAUCAAUGCCAGGAGUUACAAGUUGUGUUCCAUGACCAGAUACGUGGUUUCCUGUUGUUUACCCCUAACGGUCAGCCUCCAGUGAGGACUCCAGCCAGAGAUAGAAAUUUUUAGAUUUUUAAAAAUUGCCAUUUAAAUUUAACUAUUCUAUUGAAAAUAAACUUGUGGGUCUUGGUGUAGUUUAUUAAUUUCAGGGUUUAUUAAUGUAGUGGUCCCAAAAGGAUCACAUCUGGUUUUCUGGAAGAAAAGAACGAUGAAAUCUGACAGUCUGAUGUGGUCCAUGGAUGCUUUCUGGAAAGGUGGUGAGAUAUGAGUCUUUCUUCCUUUAAAAAUUAGCAUUUUGGUAGAAUGUCCAUAGGGCACUGCAUGGCGGGGGAGUGAUCCCAACAUGUAUGUAACUGAGCCUCAGAAGGUCACCAGGUUGGCUGACCUGGCAGGACGCCUUGGACCUCCAGUGUCUGAGGAAGGGCUCAGCUCUACGCAGCCUUCUUGGAUUUAUGUGCCCAGAGGAAGGGGCGCCGAACCUGAAGAAACUAGAUCAGACUCAACCACAGAUCAGCCAAAAAUUUCUCUUCCCACUGUUCUAUCAAUGUGACAUUGUUCUAGAUUAAUCUCUAUAAAUAACUGUAAAUUCCUUGCAGCAAUAAUCAUAUUUUUAUGACUUGUAUUUUUUUUCAUACUCUUCCUCUGAGGUUUCAGUUUUCAUUAUACUGUGUUCAGGAUUCCAUCUCUCAGUAAAUUAUAGCUAAUUACAGGGCUGUGUUUUUUAAAAACCAGAGUUUAUUAAAAAAAUCUCCAGUCUAAAAGCAGUAUUGCUGUUCACUUCCAUUGUGCUGUAGAAACAAAUUGAGCUGCAUACUGCAUCCUUAAUCUGUUCUUCAUUUCCUUGUCUUAAAUUUCUCUGGAUGUGAUCCCCUGAGCACCACUUUCAUUAUGCACGCUCGUAUUUACUUCCCGUUUCAGAUGUUCAUUAAUUGUGAAAUAAAGUUCCAGACUGACGGCA